CGGGGUCCCGUCCUCUGCCGCUCCAGCUCCGGGGUCCCCGCGCCAGAGACGCAGCAGCCUCCCCCCCCAGCCACCUCGCGCGCCCUCGCUCGCUCAGAGCCGGUCCGCAGCCGCCCAGCCCAACGCCUCUCCCGCUCCUCAGCCAUGUCCACCCGGUCGAUGUCCUCCUCCUCCUACCGCAGGAUGUUCGGCGGGCCCGGCACCGGGAGCCGACCGAGCUCCAGCCGGAGCUACGUGACCACGUCCACCCGCACUUACAGCCUGGGCAGCGCGCUGCGCCCCAGCACCCACCGGAGCCUCUACGCCUCGUCCCCGGGCGGCGGCUACGUGACGCGCUCCUCGGCGGUGCGGGUGCGCAGCGCGGUGCCCGGCGUGCGCCUGCUGCAGGACUCGGUGGACUUCUCGCUGGCCGACGCCAUCAACACCGAGUUCAAGAACACCCGCACCAACGAGAAGGUCGAGCUGCAGGAGCUCAACGACCGCUUCGCCAACUACAUCGACAAGGUGCGCUUCCUGGAGCAGCAGAACAAGAUCCUGCUGGCCGAGCUGGAGCAGCUCAAGGGCCAGGGUAAGUCGAGGCUGGGGGACCUCUACGAGGAGGAGAUGCGGGAGCUGCGGCGCCAGGUGGACCAGCUCACCAACGAAAAAGCCCGCGUGGAAGUGGAACGGGACAAUCUGGGCGAAGACAUCAUGAGGCUCCGGGAGAACCCCUUCAUGUUUUCAUUUCUCUGUUCAACACAGGAUGUGGAUAAUGCGUCUCUGUCACGCCUUGACCUUGAGCGUAAAGUGGAAUCGUUGCAAGAAGAGAUUGCCUUUUUGAAGAAGCUACAUGAUGAGGAGAUCCAGGAGCUGCAGGCUCAGAUUCAGGAGCAGCAUGUCCAGAUCGACAUGGAUGUAUCCAAGCCUGACCUCACUGCUGCUCUGAGGGACGUCCGUCAGCAGUAUGAAAGCGUGGCCGCAAAGAACCUCCAGGAGGCGGAGGAAUGGUACAAGUCCAAGUUUGCUGACCUCUCAGAGGCUGCUAACCGCAACAACGAUGCCCUGCGCCAGGCGAAGCAGGAGUCCAACGAGUACCGCAGACAGGUGCAGUCCCUCACUUGCGAAGUGGAUGCGCUUAAAGGAACUAACGAGUCUCUGGAACGCCAGAUGCGUGAAAUGGAAGAGAACUUUUCUCUCGAAGCUGCUAACUACCAAGACACUAUUGGCCGCCUUCAGGAUGAGAUUCAGAACAUGAAAGAAGAGAUGGCUCGUCACCUUCGUGAAUACCAAGACCUGCUCAAUGUUAAGAUGGCCCUUGACAUUGAGAUCGCCACCUACAGGAAGCUGCUGGAGGGCGAGGAGAGCAGGAUUUCUCUGCCUCUUCCAAACUUUGCCUCCUUGAAUCUGAGAGAAACUAAUCUGGAUUCACUUCCUCUGGUGGACACCCAUUCUAAAAGAACACUUCUGAUCAAGACAGUGGAAACUAGAGAUGGACAGGUUAUCAAUGAAACUUCUCAGCAUCAUGAUGAUCUUGAAUAAAAAUUGCACACUCUCAGUGCAGCAAUAUAUUACCAGCAAGAAUAAAAAAGAGAAUCAUAUCUUAAAGAAACAGCUUUCAAGUGCCUUUCUGCAGUUUUCCAGGAGCACAAGAUAGAUUUGGAAUAGUUAUAAGCUCUAGUUCUUAACAACCGACACUUCUAAAAGAUUUAGGGGGAAAAACCGUUUACAACACAUAAUCUAGUUUACAAAGAAGUCUUGUGCUAGAAUACUUUUUAAAAAGUAUUUUUGAAUACCAUUAAAACUGCUUUCUUUUUCCCAGCAAAUACCUGACCAACUUGUUUCUGCUUUAAUAAACCUUUGGAAAAACUCUU